AUGCCCGUCACCCGUCCCGGUUCUGCUUCCCCCUCACGUGACCUCUCCCGGGCGGCGGCGCUGCGGUCACAGUCACCGGCGGCGGAGCGCGUGGGGGCGGCGCCGGGCCUCGGGCUCGUGCGCGCCGCACGUGCUGGUGGACCCCGUGCCGCCAGGACCAUCGUGGUGUACCACAGCGGGGACCCGUUCCACGUGGGCCGCAAGUUCGUGCUGUGGCGGCGCCGCGUGGCCACCUUCGAGGCGCUGCUGGAGCAGCUGACGGAGCAGGUGGAGGUGCCCUUCGGUGCGCGGCGCCUCUUCACGCCGACGCGCGGGCGCCCGGUGAGCGAGCUGCACGCGCUGCAGGCUGGCGGCAAGUACGUGGCGGCCGGGCGCGAGCGCUUCCGGAAGCUGGAUUAUUUUAAGAUAGUUCCCAGCAAACCUGCAAAGAUGAGAAAGUUGAAGGAAACCAAGCCGGUGGUACAUCGUGACAUAAACGUGCCUUCCAGGUGGCAGACGUUCCAUCGUUUAUCCCGACAGAUCAAUGUGAGGCCCUAACGAAGGCUUUUCCUUCGGCUCCUGCAGUGUUGUCACAAAUGGAAGAUUAUUAUACCCGAAUUCAGCCUGACGGAGUGGAGCUGCCUACUGGCCACGAUCGGAGAGCAGGUCUUUCCUCUGGGAGGCGUUCGAAAAUUAUUUACAAUGGACACCUCAAAGGAUUUGCAAGACAACCAUUUUUACGUUGUGGCAGGACUGGAGGCCUUCAACUAGUUCCCUUAUUGGAAGUCCCCAAAGGUCCCCGGCGAAGUCCAACACCCCCGGGGGUGCGUUGCCCCCGCACUGACGUGGGGACUGUUUGAGGGCUUGCGGGAACCCUCCCUGUCGGGCUUCUCUGUCGGCCCUUACGGUCCCUGUGCUGGGAACGAGGUGUCAGUUUUCAUGUCGCUGUGGGGCCGGCAGGUGGCUUCAGCCUUGCAGGUGGUUUUCUACUUCAAGGCCCCUUUCGUCCUGCUGACAGACGGCACCACGCGGCCCCCUUCAUCUGGGAAGAGAAUAGCUUCCCUUCCUGGUGAAGCGCUGCCCCCUGGGAGGAGGGAGGGGAGUAUUUUUGCCACUUUACAGAAGAGAAAUGGAGGCGACAUCGUGGUCCAGAUGGAGGAUCCCAAGGUGAAAGAAGCUCAUAAAUAUGGCAACAUUCCACCCAAAGCCCUGGAGUCUAUUUUUUACGCCAGAGAAGGAAAGAAGAAACCAAAGGCAGAACCUUUAAUCCAAAGUGGGGCAGGUAAUGUGAAAUUCUGUGUCGCUGUUGGCAAUUCGAAAUGGUGCCGGGUCAGGAAUCUGCUUUUCCAGACCCAUGUCAUCCUGCAAAGAUAUGACCUGUAA